AUGCGCACGUGGGAAAAGCGUUGAAGGUAUCCAUGGCAAAGUAGGAUGCGGAAAGCUUUGUGGUUUGAUCUGUAGCCGAAUCUCCGGAGACACCGACCCCCUCCGGGACAAUCCUUCAUGCCUACCAAAAGUGCCAAAUCUAAGGGGUCGGGAAAACCCCACAGCAAGGGCAAGAAAUCAAAGAAGUUGAAAAAAAGCAAAACACCCAAACCAGAAGUGGAUAUUCUCAGCCCUGCUGCCAUGUUAAAUGCCUAUUACAUCUCUCACAACGCUGUGGACUGUUUGGGAUUCAGGGGCUUUCGCUGGAGUGGGGCACCAAAAAAGAAAGGCAAGAAAGGAAAGAGCGGAAAGAAAAAAUAGUUGUUGUAAAUAUCCGUCGAAGCACCGUUUCCAAGAUAUUUCAAAGAACACCUUAAAACAAUGUUAAGAAACAGGUAGUUAAGACCCUCGUAUUGCCAGAACUCAGCCAUGGUGGAUUUCAGUGCCAACCACAAUAAUCGAUUUCCAAGGUUCAAAGUAUAGUAAUAAAUGCAGAAUUUCAGUUA